ACACUGGUCGAUGCCGGAUGGAUUUGUCACACCUCAGGAAAUUCUUCUCAUCCCUUCAUAUUCGGUUCUUACUUCUACACUCUACUGGCUCCGGAUCUGAAGGGACACGGCACACAAGGCCAUAUGACAAGCACAGAUGUUUUGUGUUCCGGUGUGGGAGCAGACGGAUCUGAAUGGGUGCUACCGUCCACUCCUUUGGUCUCGGGCUUAUCCGUUGCACAGACCGGAACAAGUGGAGGUAAGUUUGUUUUUCUAGUCACUCCGCAUUGCGCUGACGCCGCUUCCCAUGCCCAAAUAUCGGAAACAGACUUCUAUGACAGACUGGUGGAGAUUCGCCGAGAGAGUGAAAUAGAAAUUGCCAAACUGUUGUCCCGAAAGAAUGCAGAAUUGGCUGCUGUUCAACGUAAUGCCGACGAGAAGCACGCCGAACUGAAAGCGGCCAUUGAUAAACUGGAGGAACAGUUAGCCAUGGCCAUAGCCAAUGCGGAAAAAGUUCGAAGUCAGUCAGAAGAGCAGUCCACUCAAUUACAACUAGCUAUGACCAAGCAGUUGGAUACUUUCUUCGAACAAUCAGCUCAACAAAAAGAAGAACUUAUCCGUGAACACGAGGAAAAACUACAGAAACUGGCGGAAGCACGUAAGCAGGAUUUGGAACAACUGAACACACAGUUAAAACGAACUGAAGCACUCGAACAAUCCAUUCAGGAAGAGCGAUCCCGAUCAGAUAUGCUACAACUGGAACUCAGUAGAAGCGAAGCUCGACUAAAGGAAGCUUGUGAGCGUCAAACAGACCUCCAAUCAUCUCUUGACUCGAUAGAUGCGGAAAUGAAAGCAAAGGAAUUACAGGAAAUCCGACUUGAGCAUUCCAAGCAACUUAGCGAAUGGCGCAGCCGAGCAGAACUUGCACGUAAACAAAUCAAACAAUUGGAAAUCGACCUGGGCGAAACCAAAGGAAUGUUGACUAAGGAGGUUGAGAUGCGAAGACAACAGCUAAGUGAAAUUGGUCAGGCACGGGAAUUUGAGCGCCGGGAAUGGAAACGACAGAACGAUGAACAAAUGAAACGCAUUGCUCAAGAACAAGAAGUACAAAUAAGGGAGUUGCGUACGCAAUUUGUGGAUGAUGUUCAAACGACGGUUAGUACGAACAAUUCCGUUACAGUAUUUUCCUGGAACACACUACUCUGUCUUCCAGAGAACUAUUUGCUCCGAUUUGGAUGUUUUUUUGGGUCAGGUGUUAGGAAUGAUAUUUAG